CCUCUCUUCAGCGUUGGUCUCUGAUUUCCAGAGGUGGAGUGCAGAGGAUAGCAGAGAACCUAUGUGCCUAAUCUAAAAGUGGACGGAUUUAUCUUUCCUCCUGGAAAAUAUUUAGAAGAGAGAACACAAAGAAACUCCUUUUCUUCUGCCAACAAUAGAAAGAGCCUGAAAAGAAAGGCUUUCCUUGAUGCGAUUAUCUCUCAUAACUCCUCACCGGGCAUCUCGCUCUUUUUCUUUUUUAUAGCUUUUCCUUUCUAUUCUCAGUCCCUUAUCUCUGCCUCGCCCGCUUUAUCUGCUCCUUGAUGUCUCUGCCUCACUUUAUUUCCUCCCUUGCAGUGGCUGCAGAGAGACAGAGGACUGGGAAGAGGAGGAGAAGGAGGUCAGAGAGUAAGAGAAAGAGAGAGAGAGGACGAUGUGAUCGGUGAUUGGGUGUGGAUGUGGGUGUAGAGGAUAUGGACAAAGAGAAAGGUCGAGACUUGAAGCGAUGCGGCAGCUCGGGGCGUCGGUCUUCGCCCGCGAAGCGACAGCAGAGAGCGUUAUCUGGACGGAUCAGUAGCAGCACCAAGCCCAUCUCGCACCCAUCCUCCUCCCCCUCUGUUUUGAACGGUAGCAGUUGUGGUGGAGGAGGAGGAGGCGACGAGAGUGCGAUGGAGAGAUGGCAGAAAGAGAGAGCGAAGGCGUUCGUGUGGGGCUCGCGCAUCAAUAAAGAGGACGGCAGGACGGGCGAUGAAGGUGGCUGCUGUGGGUCCGAUAGAGGAGACUCACGUCUUUCACGCCCGCCCCUUUCUUCGAGUGGUACAGUCCGGUCAAAGGUUGAGGAUUGCAGUGCUGUGGAUCUUGCCAUGGUGCCUAGGAAAUUACGGUCUGCUAUGAACAAACGCAGCAGGCUAUCAGCAUCUCCUUCGUUGCUGGAUUCGAAGAACAAAUGUCGUGCCUCCAAUGGUAGCCACGUUCCCUGUGUUAAUGGCUCGAGGAGUUUUAAGAGAGACAUGCUAAAGGUACAAAUCACCAAAGAUGAGGAAGAAGCUGCUGAGACUUUGUCUGCAUUGGCUAGUAUGAUCCCUGAUGGCAGGCCAGUUAAGAUCAGUCAGGAAGGUAGAAUGUUGGAGGAAAACUCAGAGACAACAGCAACCAUCUUUUCUCAUUCAGAAGCAGCUUCAAAAGAAGAGAGUACUAAAAUUUUGCUUCCAAGCACCAGCUCUGCAGCGGCAAAACGCUCUUCUCACAUAGAGGAGUCCAUUGUAGAAACUGCAAAACCUGAGCCUUCUGUUUUGGAGCAGCCUGCUAUUACCGGUGUAAACCAACAAUUGGAUCCAGGAUCAAAUGGAACAGCUCAUCCUGAUUUACAAAGAACACCUCCAUCCAAGAAUGAACAGUCAAAAAAUGCAACUACAAGGGAUUCUUUGAAUUCAUUAAAUCUCUUGGAAUCUUUGAAUUCAUCAAAUCUCUUGGAAGCUCCUCUCUAUUCUUACUCUGAGAACAAAUCAGCACAAUUGGAUGCCCUUUCGGUGCACAAAUCAGAGAUUAAUCUUUGGCCGGUUGGAUCUGCCUCCUCGGAAAAACAUGUGCAGCCUUUCAAUCAGAAAACUGACAUUCUAACGCAUUACAUGCAUGGGGGAGAUACAGGUCAUGCUCCGCGACCUGGUAUGCCAAGCAGUGAUAAUGGACAUUUGACAAUGUGGUCUUCAACUAAAGCUGCUGCCUGGCGAGACUCUGCUGCAGGCGGGCGUAGAACUAGUUCAAACGGACUAAACUCAAAUGGAAGUGGUCUUCCAACUGAAAAGGUGUCAGCUGAUAGGAGGUCGUCAUGGAAAAGGUGUACUACCCAUGUGUAUAUAAGCCAUAUCAUUCAGAGCUAUCAGAACACUGAAAAAAGGCAUCAGUUUCUGCUCGUCACUAACCAAGCGAAAGCCAAAGAGGGAAUGAAUUCUGGCGUGCAAGCAUGCAAUGAAGCAACUAGGUUAAGUAGUCUGAACAGCAUGACAUCUGCUGGAACUAGUGGUUCCAUAAUGGAGAGUACAGAUGAAGCUACAACUCAAAUGUUAUCUGGCUCCUAUAUGCAGCAGCAACAGGGCUCAUAUCAUUCUCUUAUACCGUUCCCCUUCGCUCAUAGUCCUUACACUUCAUUAUGUCUGGACCAGCUCCCAGCCACAACGGCUCAACAGCUGCAGCUACCACAUCAUAUAGGUAACUCGCUCUAUGGAGGACCGCAAAUGGUUCUUGCUGGUGGCUCAACUAAACAUCAACAGCAGCAGCAGCAGCAGCAGAUAUUGCAGGCUCAAAUGGCCCAAUACAGACCGCCUCUUGGUAUUCCAACAUGGCAAACCAUGAGGCUGCAAGAUCCCUCCCUGCUUCCAUGUGCUCAGCUUUCCAGAGAGAUGAAGGUUAGGCCCUAUAAAUCUCCUAGUCCACAGCAGCAACAGCAUCUCUUGCCCAUUUCUUCAUCAUCCUUCUCCCUAAGAGCAAAGAAGCCACAUGGUGGUGGGUUUGGCUCUGAAGGUGCACCUCGAUUGCAGCUGCUCUGUAAUGCCCGGCGCAUGCGAAGAGAAUAGAAUUGGAUGGCUCAGAUUGGUUUCUUGUUUUAUUCAUUCAAAUAUUGACUGGAGCUUAUUGUGUUCUCCCCCUUCAUGGCCAACCAUGCAAAGUUCUCGACAAUAUUUGCUUCACCUAAAAUGGCAUUUCUAAACUUCCAUACAAGACUCGACGAAACUGAAGAUAUUGACCCAAAGGAUGGCGAUCAUAUUAUGUUGGCCAUGCCCUGCGUAGCAAAGCAGCACUCAUCAGUGGUGGGCCAGUAAUGCUAUUGCUUGAUACAUCUAGGAAGAACGGGGUUUCCUCGUAACAUAUUACAGAACUAACAAAACAGGCACUCCAGCCCUAAAGAAUAGAGGAGGAGUGACAUGCAGGGAUAUACUGGAAUCAAAAGCGAGGCAGGUCCUUUUAGCUUGCUAUGGUUCUUUAUGUAUGAGUUGUCAUACGUUUACAAACUGAAUACUCCUGUCUGUAAAAUUUAUGUUGAUGAUUAGGACUUAAAAAUGGUUUCGUCUGCAGUAUAAAGUGCAGUGUGUGAAAGAUGUCUUGAAGGUGAUGGAACGCAGCUCUGUCAGGUUGUUUUUGGUUCAUGUUGGAUCUCGGGCAAUGGAAGCUGCUAAAAUUGGGAGUGCAGAUUCUCUGUUACACAGGGUUCUCCUUGCUGUUUUGCCUAUGAGCUGCAGCGGAGGCAGAGAGAUCCGGUUAGUAUUUUCUCCCCACCGUUGCAGUGCAUGGGCCCUGGGACACGGAUUAUUUGCAUGCGUAUCAAGGACGGGAGCAGUUCAUGCAGAACAGAGUCGCACUCGCUUGAGGCAGCCUGUGUUGAUGAACAUAAUCAUAUCGAGCCAUUAUGUAUACAAAGUACUGGAUUGUUUCCGCUUGAUAUAUAAUCAACCUAGUGCACUGCACUGUUGUUUUGACA